GUGUGAUCAGCGUCGUGAAUACAUUGAUACUCAUUGCCAGCGUGGGGGGCAAGGAGGCCCCAUUUCGCUGGUUGAUACAGUCAGUGAUCCAUGCGCUAAUAUUGCCAGAGAGAGAAGCACAUGGAGGGUUUAGCUUGAUUCUUUUGAUAUCAACCCCGCGGCAGACAUUGGGCUUGUUGAUAUUCUACUGUGGGUAUCGGGGGGUUGCAGAGCCUGAUGCGAAACUUGUGUCGCGCUUCAAGGUUGGCCAGCCUGCUUUGGCAGUGAUUUACUUUCUUUUCGGCAUCUUGCCGCUCGGUCCUGUCAAUGGCUUGGCGAAGCUUGGCUCCACGGGCGGCUCUGUUUACUGGCUGAUGGUGAUUUUGCUUGAAUCCGGACUUUGGCUUGGCAAUUGCUGCCUUGCAGUUUGGAACACCGUUCGAAUAACGCGAGUUGAUUCUCCAGCCCAGGCAAAUCGCUUCUGAUGAGUGACCUUCGUGAACAAUUCAUAUAUAUAUAUAUAUAUCCAAUUUCCAAUUCUAUGGUUCAUUCAGUGGCACUGCGCGGGAAAAUGUACAGAGCUGUGCCGGACAGUUGAGCACAAUUGGUCUCACCCCCAACAUCAGCUGAAAAAAGCUGCCUCAAAUUGUUGCUUCCUCAGCGAAAAGCAGUGCCGACACUGAUGCAACAAUUGCUGCUGAAAUAAUGUGCACACAUUCAACUCCGUGAUAGUGCGCUCAAGCUGAGAUGG